GGGAAUUUCCCCAAGUUGUCCGAGAAGAUUGUCAACAAAAUCGGUCAAAUUCUGCUACCAUCGCUUCAAGUCAUUCUAAAGUUAAGUUAUUUCUGGCAUCAUCACUCUUUCCUCUAUCAGUUGCUUGUAUUAUUUUGUAUUUGUGAGGUUGACAAAGUUUUAAAACGGCCUUUGAAAGUAUUAAGUGUACAGCAAUGACUGAAGGGCACGGAAUGGAAAAUGGUGCCUACUUGCCAAACCCCCUGACUUCGCCAGCCUUGAUGGUCCUUGCCUCCACUGCAGAAGCCUCAAGGGAAACUCCGUCUCAGGCAAGUGGACCGCCCCACCCUGCAUACCCACAAAAUUUGGAGAAGAAACCAGACCCAGCACAUACUACACCUAACACAUAUGGUGUUUACCAACGAGGAGAUGGACCGUAUCCUCCACCCAUGUAUGCACACAUGCAUGGACCAUUUGCAAGACCACCUAUGGGUCUCAUUAACCCAGGGGGUGGGGGUGCAUUUAGGCCAGUUCUGUCCCCUGAAGAUAGGGAAAGCUAUCAUUCAGCUUUCACACCUGCAAAACGGUCCCGUUUAGAAGAAAUCCCCUCCAGCCCAGGGAAAACAGAUGAUGACGGGGGUAAGGAUGGUCAAUUGUCUAGUCCUGGAGGGUCAGCAUCAGCGUAUGAUAUUGAGACACGGUCUGAAGGUGGGGAUUCAAUAGAUAGAGGCACACCAGAUAGCGAGGGCAGAACACUAAGAAAGCGAAAAAAGUCUGGUGUGUUCAUAGAUGGAGCAACUGUCUGUCCCGCGUGUGGAUUGUCGCUGCGUGUUGGAGAAAUACAGUCCCACUAUGCCCUGGAGAUUGAACGUCUAGAACGCUCCAAUAGUAGAAAGGGGGCCUCCAGAGAAUCAACUCCCCUGGGAAGAAAGAAUGUACCACUAACUCCAUCUUCUGGGCGUAGAGGUACCCCAAGUCUCGAGGCAGUUGCUCAGUCUCGUUUUGAGUCAUACCUCCGUGUUAAACUUAACAGGCAGUCGCGGUUGAAUGCCAAAAAUCGUAUAAAGCGUCGCAAACAAGAGGAAAGUGCCUGUCCAGUAUGUGACGAGAAAAUGGUGGGAUCACCAGAAGAGCUAAAUUCACACGUUGAACAUUGUUUAAAACGACGUGGAGGAUGUGACAUUGCUGGGCCAGUAGAUGUUGAGGGUGACGAUGAGCAGUAUGAGGAGUAUACCUGGGCAGGCCAGACUAGGGUCAGAGCCACCUCUAUGGUGCCUGGAGGCUUACUUGGUUAUGCAAGCUCAUCAAAAGAAGAAGAUAGUGGUGUGUUAAACGUUGAUGACGAUGACAAUGACCUGUAUGGUAAACCCCAAUAUAGUGAGGUAAACAUCAUACCAACAAUAGAGGAUGAACCGAGUGAGGAGAAAGCACGUCAAGCUCUUCGUGGAGCAGUUCUUAAAGCCACAGGGGACCAAAUGUCACCAACGACAUCUAUGGCAGAGAAUAGUAAAUGGGAGUCCUCAAUGGUGAAUGGUUUGAGUAACAGCAAUGAGGGUAGUCCAGAGAAUAAGAAUGACAGCUCUCCAAAGUCCAAACUGUCCCCUGGCAAACGAGCCCCUAACUCACCCCCAAGGAACAAGUGUUUGAUAUGUAUGGAGCAGUAUACUAAUCCCCUAACUUCAAUCCAAUGCUGGCACGUUCAUUGUGAAGAAUGCUGGUUACGUACAUUAGCAUUAUAUACAGUUCAGGAAGCACCAAGUAUAGAUGAUAUUACAGUUCUAUGUACAGUUUAUGGAGCACUAUGUACAGAUGAUGAAGCACUAUAUACAGUUUAUGGAGCACUAUGUACAGAUGAUGUAGCACUAUAUACAGUUGACAGAGCACUAUGUACAGUUGAUGUAGUAUUAUGUACAGCUAGUAUUGCAGCAAUACAGUUCAUGGAGCACUAUGUUCAGUUUCAGCACUGUACAGAUGAUGUCGCACUAUGUACAGAUGAUGUAGCACUAUGUACAGAUGAAGUAUCACUAUGA